CGCAGGUAUCAUGUGAAGAAACGCGUAAUGUUGAACAUGGUACGCCUCUUGCCAUUGACUUGAGCGCACGGUCACUGGCAUCGACGAUCCCGCCGCCAUGGCUCAGAGUAAAGACAGUCAACUCGCCUUGCUAACUCCACCAGAGUCCCAUGCUUUCCAUUCGUUCCUUUCGUCUCUGGACAAGUUAGAUGCAUUCACCCCAGAAUGGUCAAUAUUUGCCAAUCCCGACACGACGUCAAACACAACAUACCAGAGAGAAGAUCUGUCUCGAGCGACGAGAAACUUGAUGUCUCUUGAUCGUAGCGCCAGUGUGCCAUCGUAUCCAUAUAAUAUCAACUCAGACCAGAUACAAGAAGCGAGUCGAUCCUUCCCACAACCUCCUGACGCUCAGCACACUACAUAUCCUCCGCUCCCCUCUUAUACUUCUAGCUCCUCCCCCCUCCAAGGUAGUCACUCAUAUACGAUCACUCCCGUUCACGAUGCACAAAGCGGACCUCCAUCUUCAUCGUCUACCUCCCACCCCAUUCAGCCUACACAGUCAUCACUCAAGCGAAUUUCUAUUGAGACAUCGGCAGCGAACGCAAAGCGACCGCGUCGCUCUUCUCCCUCGCCAACCGCCUCUUCCGCGGGCCCGCCAUCUGCCACCUUUCCAAUAACAACGCCUAUAUCAAUAGCUGAAAUAAUGCCCAUCCAGCCAUCUCCACAGGAGGCAAGGCCCUCCUCUGGCGGGUCAUCUAAGCCGACCCUUCUUUCGACCUCUCAGAAGAAGGCCAAUCACAUUCAAUCGGAACAAAAGCGCCGAGCUAACAUUCGACGAGGAUACGAGGCAUUGUGCGAAAUUGUUCCUGCGUUAAGGGAAGCCAUAGUCGCAGAAGAAGAGGCAGAAAGGCAGAGUAGCGAAGAUGCUGCUGGCGACAAAAGCGCUGCUGCUGUAGCCAAGAAGCGGGCCAAGGGCAAGGCUGCUGCCGCUGCCGCGUUCGGGCUUGAGGAUGGUGACAAAAUGGAUGGAAGGGCAGGACCAAGAAGCGAAGCCGUAGUCUUGCAGAAAACAAUCGAGCACAUCGGUGCACUUGAGACGCGGCGGAUGACCCUCCUUGAGAGACUCCGUCACGCGCAUCAUAUCCUCCCUAAGUCGCACCCCGCCCUGCAGCCGCUCCCAAUUCCCGAAUCUGUUACUGCCCGACGAAAGGGUCGAUUUAUUAGCCCAUUACCGUUGUCGAUCCCUGGUGGAGGUCUAACCCCAGAAGAGAUCGCCUUGUAUGAUGAAGGUUGUGCAGAGUAUGAUAUGAGAAUCUACGAUGUGCCAGUUUGGAGCCGCGUGUGGGACGGGGGGACAGGGUUGCCCAUCUCCGGGAUGGGGUUACCAAAAGGGCCCAUCAAGGGAAGUGGGAGGGGCGGGAGUGGAUCGUAUGGCUCAGGUGUAGGAGGUGGAGGUGGAGGAGAUGAAGAGGAUGACGAUAGCGAAGAGGAAUAGUGUUCCCGGGAUUGGUUUCUUGGUGAUGCCUCGUGGUGCAUGUGUGGAAUUGAG